AUGCUUGAAAUUAUACAUCAAAUAAUUACAUUACUCUAUUCGUUCAUCUUUUAUCUUUGUGAGUUUGGCUAACUCUAGGAACUUCAGAUUUUCAGCAAAAUGUUAUUCCAGCUAUAAUUUCAAGCUGUUGUCGCACAAAAAAAUCGUCAAAUCCAUCGAAUUUGACGUCAGAAUCUCCAAAAAUCAAUCAAGAACCAGAACCUCUUCAAACUCCGAAGGAAUCGGGUGGAAAAGCGACACCAACAAGUAAAUCCAAGGAGAAAUCCGACAAAAAAUUGGCGAAAAAACAGCGCGAAAAAUCAAUUUCAAAGAAAAACGGCGGAGAGUUGGAUUUGAAUCGACCUGGUUAUUCGAAAAGUUUGAUUGCGAUUCAGGAAGCGGCGUUGUCGCAAAUUUUUCAAAAUGGAUCUGCUUCGGAUCGAAAACCCGAUAGAACUUUGGCGAAAAAUACGACGACGACAGAAAAUCAGGAAAAAUCGGAGUUGGAGUUGAAGAAAACGCAGACACCUUCGAAUGAAUAA